UCCGGGGCCCGCAGUGGCCGCCGCGGAGUCAGGCUGACUCGAGAGAGCGCCCGGGCGCAGAGGGGUUAACGGGCCGCCGGGGCCGCGCAGAGCAGGUACCCCCGGUCCAUCACAGUGGCGCCUGAAAGCAGCCCUCGUUGAACCAAGGCUGGACGCUGGCCCCUAAAGGGAGGUUAAAUGGCUAGUGGGAAAAUCACCCGCUUCUCCAGAGAUUAAGCAUCAGCCCAUUUAGUUUAUCCCUUGGCUAAAAAGUGAUGCAGGGAGACAGAUGCCUGAGCUUUCCAGAGGAGCUUAGCUAAGGGGAGAAAAGGCUGAGAGGCAGAGCGCACCCCCUCCACGUCCAGAUGCCGGAGUAGUGUGUUGACUUCUGGUCUCCUGCUCCCUUGCCUCGGAGCAACCAAGGAGGAGCGAUGGAGAAGUUGGUGGACAGGCCCCGGUUGUGUCUGAUGCUGCUUCUGUCCCUCCCUCCGCUCUGCCUGGAUCAGGAGGUGUUGUCUGGACACGCUCUUCAGACACCUCCUGAGGAGGGCCAGGGCCCUGAGGGCGUCUGGGGUCCUUGGGACCAGUGGGCCUCUUGCUCCCAGCCCUGUGGGGUGGGGGUGCAGCGCAGGACCCGGACGUGUCAGCUCCCUACAGCUCAGCUCCACCAGGGCCGACCCCUACCACCCCGGCCCCCAAGACACCCAGAAACGCUGCUCCCCCGGGGUCAGGGCCCCAGACCCCAGACUUCCCGAGAAGCCCUCCCCCUGUACAGGCCACAGCCCCGGGGAAGAGGUGGCCCCCUUCGAGGUUCUGCUUCCGCAUUAGGGAAGGAGGAGGCCCAGGAGAACCAAGGAGCCAGGAGGUCCCGGGUGCGAGACCCCAUCAAGCCAGGAAUGUUUGGUUAUGGAAGAGUGCCCUUUGCUUUGCCACUCCAUCGGAACCGCAGGCACCCAGGGAGAUGGCCCAGAUCUGAGCUGUCCCGGAGCUCAGCGCUUCCAUCCCUGACUCCAGGAGCAGAGCCAUCCUCUGCAAAGCACACCCCUCAAACUCAGUUCCUUCCUACAGAACUGUCUGCCCCCACUCUGUCCCUCCCAGCUGAAACCCCAGGCCCCGAAGCGGCUCAGACAGAGGUGCCCUUUAGAAUCGGGCCUGCCCCCACAGGGCCCCACUCCGGAGCCCAGGCCUCUGGCACAGAUCCCCCCUUUCCCACCCCCUCCCCAGGAGAAAGUGGCUCCUUUCGAAUGUCCCCCAAGCCAAGAAUGUCAAGUUCCCAGGGUUGGGCCAGUCCCUGGGUGGCAGAGAGACACCCUAAUCCUCUCCUUUCUGUCCCUCGGGGCCGGGGCCGAGGCCAGCAGAGCCCGGAGCCCUGGAGGCCUGGGGGGAACCUUCACCGGUCCCUCUCAGAGUCGGCCCCUCGCCACCCAGAUGGCUGGUUGCCUCUGCUGAGGGCUGGCCCCCACUCCAGCUCCCAGUGGAGCCUGUUUGCUCCCAGUAGCCCCGUCCCAAAGUGUUCUGGGGAGAGUGAGCAGCUGAGAGCCUGCAGCCAAGCGCCCUGCCCCCCUGAGCAGCCAGACCCCCGGGCCCUGCAGUGUGCAGCCUUUGACCCCCAGGAGUUCAUGGGCCAGUUGUACCAGUGGGAACCCUUCACAGAAGUUCAGGGCUCCCAACGCUGUGAACUGAAUUGUCGUCCCCGUGGCUUCCGGUUCUAUGUCCGUCACACUGAAAAGGUCCAGGAUGGGACUCUGUGUCAGCCGGGAGCCCUAGACAUCUGUGUGGCUGGACGCUGCCUGAGCCCUGGCUGUGAUGGGAUUCUUGGCUCUGGCAGGCGUCCAGAUGGCUGUGGAGUCUGUGGGGGUGAUGGUUCUACCUGCCGCCUCGUCUCGGGGAACCUCACCGACCGCGGGGGCCCCCUGGGCUAUCAGAAGAUUCUGUGGAUUCCCGCAGGAGCCUCCCGGCUCCAGAUCGCCCAGCUCCGGCCCAGCUCCAACUACCUUGCACUUCGAGGCCCUGGGGGUCGGUCCAUCAUCAAUGGAAACUGGGCUGUGGAUCCGCCUGGGUCCUACCCGGCCGGGGGGACUGUCUUCCGGUACAACCGCCCUCCCCGAGAGGAGGGCACGGGGGAGAGUCUGUCAGCCGAGGGCCCCACGACCCAGCCGGUGGAUGUCUAUAUGAUCUUUCAGGAGGAAAACCCAGGUGUUUCUUAUCAGUAUGUCAUCUCUUCCCCUCCUGCAAACGUGGAGAACCUGACCCCAGAGCCCGGUAUCCCGCACCUCCAGCCUGAGAUUUUGAGCAUAGAGCCCGCACCUGCUUCAGUGCCUCGCCCCGCCCGGACUCCGGGCACCCUCCAGCGUCAGGUGCGAAUCCCCCAGGUGCCCGCCCCACCCCACCCCAGGACACCCCUGGGGUCUCCAACCGGAUUCUGGAAGCGAGUGGGACACUCCGAAUGCUCGGCAUCCUGUGGAACAGGUGUUUGGCACCCCAUCUUCCUCUGCGUUUCUCGUGAGUCAGGAGAGGAACUGGAUGAACGCAGUUGUGCCAUCGGCGCCAGGCCCCCAGCCUCCCCGGAAGCCUGCCACGGCCCCCCGUGUCCCCCAUACUGGGAGACCGGCGAGUGGACGUCCUGCAGCCGCUCCUGUGGCCCUGGGACCCAGCACCGCCAGCUCCGCUGCCGGCAAGAGUUUGGGGGGGGUGGCUCAUCCGUGCCUCUGGAGCGCUGUGGACACUUGCCCCGGCCCAACAUCACCCAGCCCUGCCAGUUGCGCCUCUGUGGCCAUUGGGAGGUUCGUUCCCCCUGGAGCCAGUGUUCUGUGCGGUGUGGGCGCGGCCAGAGGACUCGGCACGUUCGCUGUGUGGGAAACGACGGAGAUGAAGUGAGCGAGCGGGAGUGUGCGUCAGGCCCCCCGCGGCCCCCCAGCAGAGAGGCCUGUGACAUGGGGCCCUGUACCACGGCCUGGUUCCACAGCGACUGGAGCUCCAAGUGUUCAGCUGAGUGUGGGACGGGAAUCCAGCGACGUUCCGUGGUCUGCCUGGGGAGUGGAGCGGUCCAUGGGGCGGGCCGGGAGGAAGCAGCAGUAGGAACCAGUGAGCAGAGCUGUGCCCCAGGAAGCCGCCCCUCCGACAUGCGCGCCUGCAGCUUGGGGCCCUGUGAGAUGACAUGGUGCUGGUACACGGGGCCCUGGGCCGAGUGCUCCUCAGACUGCGGCCCUGGCACACAGCGGAGAGACAUCAUCUGUGUGUCCAAACUGGGGACUGAGUUCAACGUGACUUCUCCUAGCAACUGUUCCCACCUGCCCAGGCCGCCUGCCCUGCAGCCCUGUCAGGGGCAGGACUGCCAGGACCGAUGGUUUUCUACGCCCUGGAGUCCGUGUUCUCGCUCCUGCCAGGGCGGCGUGCAGACAAGGGAAGUCCAGUGCCUGACCGCCAACCAGACCCUCAGUGUCCGAUGCCCCCUUCACCUGCGGCCCUCCAGGAAACGACCCUGUAACAGCCAACCCUGCAGCCAGCGUCCUGAUGAUCAAUGCAAGGACAGCUCUCCACAUUGCCCCCUGGUGGUACAAGCCCGGCUCUGCGUCUAUCCCUACUACACAGCCACCUGUUGCCGCUCUUGCGCCCACGCCCUGGAGCGGUCCCCCGCGAAGCCCGCCUGAAAUGGGUCCAGGUGACCCUCUCCUCGUGGUUUCUCGUGCCACCAUAAGUCACCCAUCAAUCUUCCCUCUCUGUACCCUCUGGCUCUCUAACCUGUCCUCGUCUCACCAGGGGUGUCCCCCAGGGUGGUUGACGGUGGCAAAAUGACUGACAGUGACUAUCAAGACGUGUGGGUGGGUCUGUGUGGUGGUGUGAUGGUGUGUGGCGGUGUGAUGGUGUGUGUGCACAUGUGCCCCUAAUGUGUACCCGAGCCUGCAUGGAUGUGUGUGCCACGUCUCACAAAGAAAUCAGACUGAGGAGGAAGGGGGAGGGGACGAUGCCUGUUUCUGAGACUUUUCUAGGCUGAGAGGAAAGCAAGUUUGCAGCUCCUUAGUAACCUGAGCUGCUUAGUGACCGCCCCCCGCCCCCCCCCAUCAAUAUCAACUUUGUGUCCUAAAAACCUCAUUUCUGUGAUCAGGCCUCACAUCUUCGAAACCACCCUUUUGUCCUCAGAUCCCUCCUUCCCCUUACAGUCUCUCUAUCCCUACCUCUCAUAAUUACCUAGCUAAGGCUGGAGGUCGGCCAUUGCCAGCCCUGCCUUACCCCAGGGAGAGAGACGACCUCCCCAGAAUAAGGACCAGCUGGACAGAAUAUGGAGAGAGAAAGGUUAGAACAAGGCAACCUAGCCCCUGCUCCUGCUCCCCACCUCCUGAAAUGGUUCCCACCCCAGAACUAAUUUAUUUUUUAUUAAAGAUGAUUAUGACAAAUGAGAAACAGGCUCUUUGUUGUCCUCGUGAGAACCCAGCCAUACGGGCCGCCUAAGCAAGCAGUGUGUGGUCAGAAUGAAGGGUGGGAAGGGGAGCACCACUCAAGACCCAGGCCGAGCGAGUCGAGUCGGGGCGGAGAAAGCCUAGUAAGUGAGCCCCAAUCAGCCGACAUGGAAGGGAGAGGAUCUGGCCGCUGUACGGCCUGCAGGUUGGGUAUUGACCACUAGAGGUCACCACUUCUUGCAGUUUAGGUAUGGAGUUGGGAGCUUGGGUCUAGAGCGGAGGGAAAACUUCCUGGUUCUAUCUAUGGUGGGUUUCUGGGUAGGCUGCGUCUUUCUGUCAAGUCUCUUGGAAUCUAACAGCACUUCUUACAGCUUGGGGCCGAGCUGAAUGGCAGCUGGCUUUUCAGGGGUCUUUUUUCCUGCUCCCUUUCUUUGGCCCUGCCUUCCUGCCUCCCCCAUUCUUUCUGCUAUUACCCAUUUCCCUACUAAGCUGUUGGGUUACGGCUUCUCAGAGGGUGGGUGGGAAGGGAAGUGGUUUCCGCCCCUCCCCACAGCAGAACCGGCUGGAGGAGAAGCCUGGACUGGCUCUAGGAGACUUGGGCGGAGUCAAGGCAGUACUGGAUGUCCUGCCAAAGCAUUCUUCAGAGACGUCUCACCCUCGGCUCCGCCCUCCCGCCUCCCUCACCCAUUUCGUCUCUCAAGGUAAAUAGCUUGCUGGAGGUGGUGCAAGAGUGGGCAACCUCGUCUCCUAACAGCCUCUCCCUGACCCUGACCACUUUGAGGGCCAGUCCAGACCCCACCUCUGGACGCUAGACUUCUCAGGGGUCCCUGUGCCUAGGCUAGGGUCCGAGCAACAGAAUCAGACUCCUGUCCCCAUUGGAAGCGUCCCCACCCCCGCCCUCUCUGCACCUCCACACGUCUGGCCCAGGAAGACCAUUAAUAAAGGCCUGCAGAAACAGUUGGACUCCGUGACUGCCGUUUCCUGAGCACACCCCGUCCCUGUGAAGGACUAGGACUGGCAUACUCUGGCAGCUCCCUCGGGUCAUACUGUGGCCUUGGGACUCAGGCUCUCCCUGGGCAGGAAGUGGCCGAGAAGGAAGACCUUGGACUACACCUUGAGAGUGGGUGAGGAAGGAGGCAAAAGGCAAUGGAAAGAAUGAAAAAUGAAACUGACUUUAGCCCAGGGCAAGGAGGGAGUGAGGUAAGGGGGCAAGAAAACCCCAGUCUGCCUCAGUACCUCUGCUCAGCCUAAACAGGAACACUCAAGAGACGCGUUCCCCUGUCUGGUGAGCAUAUAAGGGGGUCAAAGAUGUGGGGGACCAGGGAAGAGAGACCUGAGCCAGCCCAACAGAUACUGAGGGCUGAAGGCCAAGUCCUUAGACGAGGGAGGGGUGGUGGUAAAUAGCGGGGGCCCUCCCAGCGAUUCCUGGAAGCUUCUGAGUUGGGCGGUGCCCAGCUCAGCUGACUUCCCCAAAGCUUCCCCUCCCUCUUCGGGCCUCUCAAGGCUGUUGCUGGGCAGGUUUAGAGUUUGAGCCUGAGGACCAAUCACAGCCCCUCUUAGGGCUCCCCCAGCUGCGGCAGUCUUUCUGAUAGCCACUGAGCUCCCUCGGGGCCUCCAGUCCCUGACUUCUCAGGAUGUGGGCUUUCAUCUGGGGGUUGGCCCCCUCCCCCCCUCUCAUUUUCAAGUUAGGAUUAGUGCAGCCCCUAAGGAUUCUUUCCUCUGGUCACAGAGGUCAGUAUGGGGUCAGUGUGUAAAUUUUCUAGAAGGGGAACCCGACCCCAAGCAACCCCUUUUCCUGGCCCCUUAGAGUGGGGAAGUGUGGCCAAACACCUCGUUGUUGACCUCUGAAGCCCUCUGGAGGGACUUGGGAGGAAGCUGCAAGUCAAGGCCGGAGAGGUAUGGUGGAGGGGUCCUGAGGUCUGGUGCCCUGAGAAGCCUUUUUUCAGGAAGGACUGAGGAAGUGCACCCCUGAGAACUGAGGUGGGGGUGAGGCGGUGAGAGGAGCAAUCUCUAUCUGCCCAUGAAGCGUGCAGGUCAGCAAAUUGCUCAGGGCUCCUCCUCAUUUCCGGGUGUUCGCCAGGGGCCUGUGGAUCUGGCAGUGAACUUAGGGGUGAACUUGUGAGGUCUUAGUUCAGCUGGGUCAGAAUUCUUCCCCCUCCCCCUCCCAGCUUCUCCAGGAUAAUUACUCGACCAAUUAAGCUGCAGCCUUCAGACUAAAUUUAGCUCCUAGACUUCCCCACCCUCCCUGGGCCUCCCUGUGAGCAGGUGCUCACAGCUGCAGGGCUGGGUCUGUGGAGACGGUCACUGUCACUGUCGCCAGCAUUGUCCAGAUUCAGCCCUUCUGGUGACUAGGAGUGGGGCAGAGCCCCGGAACUCGGUUGCUGGCCCAGGGCUUGAGUGUCUCAACCUUAAGCACCUCUGUCAAGAGCUCUUUGGAGGAGAGCUAUGCUUGGAGGACCUAGGCAGACCAUGAGGGAGGGAGGGCGAGGAGGGGGCACAGGGUGGAGUGAGAACCAAGUGCCAGCAGGAGCACCCCUGCAUUCUCUCCAACCAGAUCCCCUUUCAUUUCUUGCUUUUCCCUUCUCCCCAGUUUUACAGAUGGAGACUUUGUUUUAACGGCCUCCCCACCGAAGUAAACUGAAUCAGCGAGACCCGUUCCUCUCCGUGAACCAUGGAGAAUCAUGCCAGUGUAGUUUGGGGCUGUGUGUAGUGGGGGUAGGGGUCCCCACCCUCUCUCCUACCCACACGCCAAAGCCGAAGUUAGAGCCCAGGGGGCUUAUUUGUCACAGGCAGGUGAUGAAGAGGUGUCAAAUGUAAAUGGGGGGAAGGCACCUUGUACAGGAAGUAGAAAGCCUCAGGAAAGUACCUAAGUUUAAGUUUGUCAACAAGAGUGAUAUUUGUGUUAACCUCAAACUAGACAGCACAAAUCAUGAAUCUGACUUUGGGCCCCUUGACCUGGGAGGCCAGGGAAAACUCCAGAGGAGGGUGUUUCAGGGCUGAGGUCUGAAGGUAGAAAGGAUUUGAGGGAGGGAUGUGCAAGACUGGUCCAAAGAAGGAGUGCGUGAGGCAUGGCUGUCAGACCCCAGGGAGCCAGUCAGCCCCUAGGGAAGGGCCGGGAUGGCCAGGAACCAGUCAGACCAGAGCACCCUCUAGAUGAGCACCAGAAGACUAAGACUAGGUUUGGCCUUAGAAAGAACCUCGGUACUUACAGGAGGAUGGGGGAUGGGUUCCAUAUUAGGAAGGUCCCAGGUCUGGGUUAGAGUGUGUGUGUGUUGUGCUCUUCUGAGCCUUACCCGGCUCUCUUGAUGAGACCGCUCUACAGAACUUUGAGGAGGAAAAGAAACUGGGGGAGAGUGUGGGGUUACUCAUAAAAAGGAACAGGCUGUGACCCCGGGAUCCCUAGGCUAAAAGGCAGGGUGGGGGAGGCAGAGUACCCCUUCUUUCUUUCAGCUUUCCCCCCGCCCCCCCCCCACUACUGUUUCUUGGUUGCCUGCGUCUUUCAUCAUAUAGUGAGGCUCCUUUUUUAGCUCUAGUACAGGAGUGAGCAACCUUUUUCUCGAAAGGACCACCGAGUGAGUAAUUCAAAUAGCAUACUGCAGAUUAACAGGAAAAAAAUUUUAAUGCGUGUGCAAGGGGAAUUCACACAAGCA